UGGACAGAAAAGAACAGCUUGGUGAACUCUAUAACUCCUUAUUUGUUUUAACUGCUCCUUCACCUUCCAACAUGGUUGAUGCAUUCUGUGCCACCUGGAAAUUGGUAGAAAGUGAAAACUUUGAUGAGUACAUGACAGCUCUUGGAGUUGGUUUUGCAACAAGACAAGUCGGGAAUGUCACAAAACCCACAGUGAUCAUCAGUCAGGAGGGGGACAAAGUGGUCGUGAGAACACAGAGUACGUUCAAGAACACCGAAAUAUCCUUCAAAUUGGGAGAGGAGUUCGACGAAAGUACUGCUGACGACAGAAACUGCAAAUCUGUAGUGACCAUGGAAGGAGACAAGUUGGUGCACGUGCAGAAGUGGAAUGGAAAGGAAACCAAGUUUGUCCGCGAGAUCCAGGACGGCAAAAUGGUCAUGAAACUUACGUUUGAAGACAUCUUGGCUGUGCGCACGUACGAGAAGGCAUAAAUUCUGUGAAACGUCCGUAUCGUGUCCAAUCAUUUCAGUCCUGUUUACUGGACUAUAGCCGUUUUGUGUUGCUGUAUGCAUAGAUUUGCACUGCAUCUGCCAAAAUGUUUUAUGAUAUGAGCUGAAUUAUUUUGUAAGAAAACUUUUAUAUUAAUGUCUCCAGUCCUUUCAAAAUCAUAAUAUGUAAACCUGUGCAAACAGACUGAAAUAAAUUACCUGA